AUGGAAGCGAUCGAUGAUCAUACAGGUUUACCGUCUGGAGUGAUACUAAUCAAAAAUUUGGCAAUCCCCGUACUCACACUGAUUUUCUUAGUUGGUGUGGUUGGUAACACUUUGACCGUGUUUGUGUUACGCACGAAACGUCUUCGCCAAUCAAGCACAGCAAUUUAUUUGACUGCCUUGGCCGUUGUUGAUAUUCUCUAUCUGUUGAGCAGUCUCCUUAUACAUAUAAUAAACUACACAUUCCUUUUUCCAAAUGAGGUGCCCUGCAGUCUUUGUCCUUUUCUCCAGUACACUCUGACAUACCUCAGUGUCUGGUUGAUUGUAGCCGUCACCGUGGAUCGGGCUAUUUGGGUCACUCGACCGUUCCAAGCAAAGCACAUUUGUACAAAACGGAAUGCGACCUAUACGGUGACUGUGAUAACUUUGACCUUGGUCUGUUUAGAUUCACAUUUCUUUUGGACUAUGCACUACGGCGUCAGUCAUCACCCAGCCGCUUCCAAUGGAGAAUGUCGAAGUGGUCCAUUUACUGAACGCAUAUUUCCCUACAUUGAUUUAGUGCUACUUCUUGUGAUUCCUUUCGCCUUCAUGUUAGCUUCAAACAUCCUCAUUGGGUGGCAGUUGAAGAAAAUGCGUGAUUUUGGACGUCGACGUCAACAGGAGCUGUCAGCCAAUCUACAGUGUACGACACACGAGGCACCUACACAUCCACAAAGCAUCGGAUCAAUGGCGAUCACUGCAAUUAUUUUCGGAAUAGAACGAUUUGUGUACACUCUGUGGUAUACUAAUUUUGCGGUUCAUUUCAUACUCUACUGUUUGAAUGGACCACCUUUUCGGGCAAAAGCUAUGCAGUUGUUCAAAUCUCGUUGUUGCAUAAGGAUGAAUUAUAUGCCUCACAAUAUUAAUGGAAAAUCCAAUCCCCGAUUUCCAAUGACCACGCUUCAAGUACCUCAAUACAGUAUGCGUCCAUCGGCAACCGAUACUGUCGUCCACAAACCAGCGAAACUGGUCACUUUACAUGCACCUGUUCUGGAACCCAGACGUCCGGUGCAAUCUCUACCGGAUAUUGUACUCGAAGGGAUGUGUGAUGAGCUACCGGAGAUUGAAGGUUCUGACGCAGCCGUAGAUGUGGAGCUAGGACCUUCAAGGAUUUGA